GAGGCCGCAGAUGCAGAGUUGGCCAAAAGAAAUCGCUGAUGUAAUGCCACGCACAUUUGCCACAAGGCAAUGCCCCAUACCACAGACUAACUGCCCAUUGUGUGUAAAUUUGUUACCAUUUUUUUUUCUUCUUCUUCUACUGUUACCUCGUAUUGCACAUAAAGGUAAUUUCUAAUUUGCUGGUGUUUUAUUGUUUUUAUGCCGGUUCAUUUUAUGGCGCCGACUUAUGCAACACCUCUGAGGCAGCGACGCAUGCGCUCGCAUUACACACAUGGAUUUGGCUAUGGACAUGGACAUGGACACUAAACGCGUACCGCUCCGAGGGCUUCGAUACUCGUACUCCGUAAAAGCAUAACGGCGUUCAUUAAUCAUGCGGGUCACGUCGCAGCCGUACGAAAAAAAAGAACUGAAAAUGUACACUAACAUGAAAUGCCUAAAAGCCAGAAUGUGCUCUAGUAAGCAGAGAACUAAUUGUGAAUAAUUAAUGAAGGCUUGGGAUUAAAAGUAGGAAACCUGGAAAGAGACAAAAUCUUAUUUCUUACGUAAUUAAUUCUAUUUUUGGAAAUUAAGUGGUUUCUUAUGGUUUUUCUUAAUGAAAUGAUAGAGUUCUUUAUAAACUUCCAGUAUUUAAAAAGUUUUCUGAGAAAAUAUAGUCUUGGUCCCGGCAUUUUCUCCCAGUACAUCGAAGCUAAAGGGAAUCGCGAGAGUGUGGCAGCGAAAGAACAGUAGCAUCGACAACUGUUGCCAAUUAGCGGCAACAUGCAAAGCACAUUUGCAUUUGCAUUGAACCUGCAGCUAGAGCUCUCUAUUCAGCCUCAGCCUCAGGCAAUGACACCGGUGGCAACAACUGAGCUGGAAAACGUAAUCAGUUCAAGUCGCGUUGCGAGCUUAGCUUCAGGUAAAGGUAUAGGUAACGUCAGGUAUAUAUAUCUAGAGAUAUCCCUCCUCCCAUCCGCCCAGCUAAUUGAGCUCUUGAGUUACAAUAUGCAGCAAUAAAUUCAGGAUUUUUGCAUACCUGGAAAAGCCAGGAAAACCAGGGAAACCCUAAUCGAUCUACCUGAAUGCCUUGAAAGUCAAACUGCAAACGCACUGAUUGCAUCAUUUGCCUUCAAACCGGCGACGAGAACGUUUCAAUUUGCAUAGCAACCAAGAAAAUAGAAAAAUGUCAGACUAUUCUAGCAACUACUACUAUAGUGGCAACUCCCGGAGGGCGGAGAAAUCCGUGAGCUAUGCCCUCUAUUUGCAUCUACGAGAGCUGGGACGCCCCAAGCGCAAGCUGAUGAGAAUCGCGAGUACCAAGUUGCAGCUGACGAAUGAACUCAUCCAGCUGCAACAGCUCCGCCAGUGGGAAACGGCCUUUGACCUGGAGUUCGAUCCGGAGGCCAGUUUCCAGCAGAGGAGUUUUUUGGAUCGCAAUCGGGAGUAUCGCGAUAGAUUGCGUAGCAAUAUGCAGCGACAGCUCGAGAAACAGCAGAAACGCAAGCGAAAGUUUAUCCAGGAAAUCGGCAAGCUGUAGUAUUAGCAUUCAUAAGACGGAAGUCGUAAAUUAAUUAAUUAAUUGAGCCCCAUAUUAAGUAAUUUGAAGAAUAUGAGUUAUUAUAGAUAGAAAAACAAGAAAAUCAAGAUCUCUGAGGUUUAUAUUUUCCGUAUGAUUUAAAAAAUAUUAAAUAAUCUUAUCCGCAUCCAGGAAAGCAUGAAUUAGGAGCAUUUAAUCAACAGUUUCAUGGAAGUUUUUGUGAUAUAAAGAAUAUAGUAUUUACCAGUCAUUAGAAUACUUUUAAAAUCUUAAUUUAAAAAGGAUAAUACUAACUUACAUCAACAUAUGAAUUAUUAGCUAAGUCUAGUAUUAAAAACAAAGUUUAAUCUCAAUAAAAAAUCCAAAAAAGUCAGCCUUGUUUCAAUUUUGGUAAACAAAAAAAACAAAAGCCUUAUAGAUAAACCAAAUUAUCGAAACUAAUUACUAACUUACUAUUUUAACAGCUAUGUUAUUUAGUUUUUGAAAGACUUAGGCAAUUAGUGAGCUUUAAGAGUGUGCAAAAUUGAUUUCCCUAUUUUCUAGGCCAGGGACUUUAAGCUAGUUUCGACCAGCCAAAAAUAAAGUAUCAUAAAUCACCGAAAAAAACUGUGUCUCCGUGUGACUCCCACAACUCAAAAGAUCGGGGCUGAGACAAGCCAAAGUGUUUGACUUUUGACACUCUUUCCUAGGCGGUUAAGGUGGGAACGACUGUCAAGUGCAGGAAAAAAAUGCAAAAUGACUAACAAAUACCCAACGAGCCGAUACCCAGUACUAAACAUUUUUUUUAUUAAUAACAAUUAGUAAUUGGAAGCUAAUUGUAUUGCUGUCAGAAACGACUGUGAAAAUAAGGCAAUAAAAGAGAAUUUUUAUUAUCUAGUUAGAUGCACAGCUGGCAGCAGGAAAAUGAAUUUUUGCAUUGCAAUUAAAUUUUUAAAUCAUAUUUGUAUAUGGCUAAUUUUAAGUCUUGAUCGUAAACUAUGAACCAUAAAUAAGGCGGAGUGUAGAAGACAAGGGUUAUUAAAACUAUUUUUAAAUCAAUUUUUAACUUUACAGAAGUUUUUAUAGCUACUACUUGUAAGCCUACAAAGUAUACCCCGGUUUUCCCCGGAAUACCUCGUGGAAAAGAAAAGCGCCAAGAACAGGCAAGGAAAUGCA